AAACAACUAGCUUGGUACAUACUUCGACAACAAAUUAUUCAAAAUGAGAGGAAAGCGGUCAAAACAAUAUCGGAAGCUCAUGGAGCAGUUCUCCCAGACUUUCGGCUUUCGUGAGCCCUAUCAGGUUCUGGUCGAUGCCGAAAUGGUGAGAGAUUCUUCCCGGUUCAAGAUGGAUCUCGAGCCCGCUCUGUCGAGGACAGUUCAUGGCAAGGUCAAGCCCAUGAUUACUCAAUGCGAAAUUCGCAAACUUUACGCAGCGCGAAACGAGCCAGGUGUACAUGAGGCCAUUGACCUAGCCAAGACCCUGGAGCGAAGACGAUGCGGUCACCAUCCCGACGAUUAUCCCGAGCCAUUGAGCACUCAAGAGUGUCUUCGAUCAGUUGUCGACCCGAAGGCUACACUUCAGAACAAGCAUCGCUACGUUGUGGCCAGCCAAGACCAGGAGGUACGAAGGAUGCUGCGAGGCAUCAAAGGAGUCCCCCUCAUCUAUAUCAAGAGGAGUGUUAUGAUUCUCGAGCCAAUGGCGGAUGAGAGCGUUCAAGUGCGAGCAAAGGAGGAGAGAAGCAAAUUUCGAGCAGAGAUCAAGAACCAAUUGGGCAAGCGAAAGCGAGAUGAUGCAGACGACGACGAGAAGGCCGACAAGACCGAUGGCAACUCUGAAGAACAAAAGAAGAAGAAGAAGAAAGGACACGGACCCAAGGGGCCUAAUCCUUUGGCGGUCCAGAAGCCCAAGAAGGCAAAGACAGAAGGACAACAACCACGAAAGCAAGAAUCUACUGAUGCGAAGGACGCGCCACAAGAAGGUGCCGGCAAGCGAAAGAGACGGAGGAGGAACAAGGCUACUGCAGGCACGGCAGACGACGGCGAAACGGACACUGCAGCCGCGGAAGUGACCAUGGCAGAGACAUGAGAAAGCUAGCAAGCAAAGCGGGCGGCAGUCUCCAGGGUUGAGACAGGAAUGCUAAGAUCACCACGUGCUUGAUCUGGAAUAUGCGCCAAUGAAGGCAGGGGAUAUCAAAAGGAGUGUGCGCCGUUAGCGAUACCCGAGAAGAUAGUAUAGAUUGAGGGAGUCCAGGGGCGCAUGAAAGGAAUAGUGUUUGAGCGUCAACAAUGUUAAC